CAGAUAUCGUAGCCUUGAAUUAACCAUUUCUUUGUUUGGCUUCAGGAUCCAUCAAUUACUGGGAGAUUAGGACUUCACCAAAUGUCAGUUCAGAAAACUAUCAAACUCAACUCCGGCUACACUAUUCCAACAAUCGGGCUGGGUACGUGGCUUAUCCCUUCGUCAGCGGCACCGAGCGUUGUUUACAAGGCCUUGGAAGCUGGGUAUAGGCAUUUCGAUACAGCAAUAUACUACCAGAAUGAACGAGCCGUGGGAGAAGGGAUUGCGAAGUGGUUGAGCGAGGAUUCUGGCAGACAGAGAUCCGACGUGUUCUACACGUCAAAGCUGUGGACAUUUGACACAUACGCGAGAGCGAAGAAGGAGAUCGAGGCCGCAUUGGGAGAGAUUGACGAUACCCUGGGCUACAUUGAUCUGCUGUUGUUACACUCUCCUAUGGGCGGACCAACUGCUAGAAGAGAGGCGUGGAGAGCUCUGCAGGAGGCUGUUGAAAGCGGGAAAGUCAAGUCCAUUGGUAUCUCAUCCUGGGGCAAGCACCACAUUGACAACUUGUACGAAUGGGAUGGGUUCAAGAUUGAGCCUGCCGUCAACCAGAUCGAGGUCCACCCAUGGUGUAUGAGACAGGAGUUGACUGAUUACUGUAAAUCUAAGGGUAUCCAGAUAGAGGCUUAUUCGCCUCUGGCACACGGCGAGAAACUACGUGACCCAACAGUCGUCUCUAUUGCAAAGAAGUACAAGGUGUCUUCAGCCCAGGUUUUGAUCCGUUGGAACUUGCAAAAGGGGAACAUUCCACUUCCAAAAUCGUCCAACAUUGAUAGAUUGCGCUCAAAUUUGGAAGUCUAUGACUUCGAGCUGACCCCAGACGAAGUUGAGAAGAUCAGCCACCCAGAAGUCCACGAGCCAACGGACUGGGAAUGCACCGGUAUGCCGUAAAUGAAACCUUUGUUACUGUUAUAACACCAACGAGCCCAAAGAGUGAAAGCCCUAACCGUAGCAGCAUCGAUAACCUGUCAUAAGCCAUCCGUACACCACAACAUCCGGACAUCCCACCCGGACACCACCUCUUGCUAGAUCACCCGGACACCACCCCUCGC